UAAGUGGUUGUGCUCCCUUCUUCCUUUCACUCGCAACUUUCCUCCUUUACUGCCUCACAUCACUCUUCUCUUCUUUCAUUGUUUCUUCUCACACAAUUUCUCUCAUUCGUUAUUGAAAAUCCCUUUCGCUCUCGUCAUCUUUCAACCAGUUAACCUAAGAAUCAAGAAUGGCUCUCAGACUCAAUCCUCUCCCAACCCAAACCUUCGCCCUUCCUCAGAUGGCGAGUCUCAGAUCUCCCAAGUUCCGCAUGGCUUCUACCCUCCGUUCCGGUGCCAAAGAGGUUGAAAAUAUUAAGAAGCCUUUCACGCCGCCGAGAGAAGUGCAUGUUCAAGUGACCCAUUCUAUGCCUCCCCAGAAGAUUGAGAUUUUCAAAUCGUUGGAGGAUUGGGCUGAGCAGAACAUCUUGACUCUCCUUAAACCUGUGGAAAAAUGUUGGCAACCACAGGAUUUUUUACCAGAUCCUUCUGCAGAUGGAUUUGACGAGCAGGUGAGGGAACUGAGACAGAGAGCGAAGGAGCUUCCUGAUGAUUACUUUGUUGUUCUGGUUGGAGACAUGAUCACAGAGGAAGCCCUUCCUACUUAUCAAACAAUGUUAAAUACAUUGGAUGGAGUUCGUGAUGAAACAGGCGCUAGCCUUACUUCCUGGGCAGUUUGGACUAGGGCAUGGACUGCUGAAGAAAAUAGACACGGUGAUCUUCUUAAUAAGUAUCUUUACUUAUGUGGACGAGUUGACAUGAGACAAAUUGAGAAGACAAUUCAGUACCUGAUUGGAUCUGGAAUGGAUCCUCGGACUGAGAACAGUCCCUACCUUGGUUUCAUUUACACUUCAUUUCAAGAGAGGGCAACCUUCAUAUCCCACGGAAACACAGCCAGGCUUGCUAAAGAGCAUGGUGAUAUAAAGUUGGCCCAGAUCUGCGGCAUGAUUGCCUCGGAUGAGAAACGCCACGAGACUGCAUACACCAAGAUAGUGGAAAAGCUGUUUGAGGUUGACCCUGAUGGUACUGUUAUGGCGUUUGCAGACAUGAUGAGGAAGAAAAUUGCCAUGCCAGCACAUCUUAUGUAUGAUGGCCUUGACGACAACCUGUUUGAUAACUACUCUGCUGUAGCCCAACGCAUUGGGGUCUAUACUGCCAAAGACUAUGCUGAUAUACUUGAAUUUCUGGUGGGGAGGUGGAAGGUGGAGGAUCUAACAGGACUAUCAAGCGAGGGAAGGAAGGCUCAGGAUUACGUUUGUGGGCUGCCUCCAAGAAUCAGAAGGUUGGAGGAGAGAGCUCAAGCAAGAGUCAAGGAGUCAUCAAAAAUUCGGUUCAGUUGGAUUCAUGACAGGGAAGUACUACUCUAAAUGCGCCAAGGAAGCAUCAUGAAUGUUCCUGCAAAACCAUUCUGAGAAAUGUUGAAUAGUUGAAGAUUCAGUUUGUCAUUUUUUUUUUCUCUUUUUUUCCUUUUUUUUGGUCUGUUAUAUGUCACUGUAAGGUGAAACAGUUGUUCUUGCAUGGUUCGCAAGUCACGCAAUUAGGGGCAACUGUAGUAUUAGAAAUGCUAUUUUUUUUGUUUCCCUUUUCUUUGUGGUAGUGAUGUCUGUUGAAGCAUAAGCAAAAACGUUUUUCUAUGGCAAUUUUGAUGAUAAAGAAUAUUUAGUUCUUCCGUGGUUGGA